UGCUCAGCUUGGACUAAGAAGUAAAGGUCGGCUGAGAAGUGCCCUCCUCCUUUUCUAAGAAGGAGGAGAGAGACAGAGAGGGUUUUGGGGGGGGGAUAGAGUGAACUGGGGCUUAAAAAGGUAUUUGUCUGUUUGCCUCCAGUCAUGGCCGGGAGCUCAGAGAAAAUACCCAUCGCGACAGCGGAACCAGAGGACCAGCAUCAGUUCAUGCCGCCGGCCUACUCCGCCGUGGCGGUGAAGCCGGCCUCCGCCGGACGCCUGCUGAAGGCCGGGAUCGCCGUGCUGGUAACCGGAGCCGUUCUGCUGCUGCUGGGAGCCGCCGGCGCCUUCUACUUCUGGAACAACAGCGAGAAACACGUCUACAAUGUCCACUACACCAUGAGCAUCAAUGGGAAGGUGGAGAAGGGCUCCAUGGAGAUCGACUCCGCCAACAACAUGGAGACGUUCAGCACGGGCAGCGGCGCGGACGAGGCGCUUGAGGUCCACGACUUCGAGAUUGGAAUUACAGGCAUCCGGUUUUCGGGGGGAGACAAGUGCUUCAUCAGGACCCAGGUUAAAGCUCAGCUCCCGGAUGUGGAGCCUCUGAACAAGGACCCGACCACAUUUGAACUGGGCGACGAGGUGAUGCCAGCCAAACUCGAGGACGACCUGAUCCUGCUGGCAGCAGGCCCGCCUCUGUCCGACUCCUCCUUCCUCAGCAGCAAGAUCAUGGACCUGUGUGGAGACCUGCCCAUCUUCUGGCUCCGUCCCACACACUCACCGGGCGGCCAGAGGAAGAGCAGAGCCGCUCCUCGCGAGCGCCGGCAGGCAGCUGCUGCGGUGGGGCACGAGGACGAGGACGGGGGGCCGCAGCUCAACCCGGAGAACCCCUAUCAGCGUGGGCUGGAGGGCGAGCAGGGCGCCAUGGACAUCGACCCCAUGCUGGACCACCAGGGCGUGUGCUGCAGCGAGUGUCGCCGCGGCUACACCCACUGUCAGAGGAUCUGCGAGCCGCUCGGCGGCCACCAGCCCUGGCCGUACCACUACCAAGGCUGCAGGGUGGCCUGCAGAGUUAUCAUGCCCUGCAAAUGGUGGGUGGCGCGCAUCAUGGGGCUGGUGUGAGAAAACCACCGCACUCGCCCGAGACGUGGCAGAGCCCGGGAGGGAGGGACAGGGUUCAAAGGGAGGUGAGAUGAAGGGAAAAGUUAUUAAAAAAAAAAAAGAAGAGGGAGUGGGGGGAGUUACUUAAUAUCAUCUACUGUAGGUAGCUGAGUCUAAGCAGAUUUGUUCAAAAGCAACUUGCAUUAGUAGCUGUGUUUAUGAAUUCUAGAUGCAUAUAAAGCUGAUCUGACACUAAAAGGCAAACGCAGUGGCGGCACAUCCUUUCAUGCUGUUAAAACACACACACACACACACACACUGCAGCUACUAAUCUGGGGUCUUCUGAGCUAGAGCACAACAUGCUACCUAGAAAACAGAGAUGGCGACAUUACUUCAUGUAAACGCAUAGGAAAAGCUUGCAUUAAUAGAGCCAGUGAUUGACAUUGCCUAAAAUUCUGUACAUAAAUAUCUACAAAGACCUCCAGAAGAAGUCGGUGGAUUUACAGGACCGCACAUCUGGAGGUUUCCGAUGUUGAAUAAUAGAAACUUCGAUGCAUUUUAUUGUUAUUUUAGGAUUUUAUGUGAUAACUCGCCAUGAACGUGGCACGUGGGCAGAGUUGGAGGGAAGGGUUAAAUACAGGGCAAUGGUGGAAGAAAACCUGUCUUUGGGCAUGCCGCCCCUUUCUGAAGCCGCCCUGGGUAACUGCCCCUAUGAAACCCUUCCACCAGAAGCCAGAGUUGCAUAAGGAUUUGGUUUAGAAAUGUAAAACCAGCUGAAAUUCAAUCAGUUUUAAUAACAAAUAAUAAAAGCAGAGGCCAUAUUUGAUUGGCUAUAACCUUCCAGGUGGCUCUGAUUAGCAAUACAAUAUUAAUAGGCAUCAACCUUUCCUACAUCUUGGUGACCAAAAUGCUAACAAUCAGGAAGAGAAGGCAUUUAUGGCUCUGUCGUAAUCAAAGCAGUCAUCACAGUAACAUUACAAUGUCACCGUUUCUCACUAUUGGUCAGAUUCACAGAUACGCUUUCAUGCUAGAACGCCCAAGGUCCAGAGAUAAAGCAAAUAGAUGCAAAAAUAUGAGAUGUUUGUAGUAUCCCCACAGCCUGAUGCUUCCACCACCACGCCAGGUGAAUUGAAGGUGACUGAUUGUACUUGUAAUAGUGAGUAACAGAGUAAAGACACAUCACACUUUUAAGAUUAUUUGUUAAGAAACAUGUUUCACUGUACAACCGUGCGCCAUUUUGUUGAAUGAAGACCCAAAUAGAACCCAUUGGAAGAGGCUCCAGGGGGGUGAAUACUGUUAACGUUUCAGAUCAAAUUAGCUUCAACUCUUUUCGCGAGUUGCCUUUCACAAAUGUAGCUGUACCUCCAUUCCAAACUUUUCAAAGUGCAAUAUCAUGAAAUAAAAAUUUUUUUUUUUAAAGUAAA